UUUCUCUCAUAUAAAAGACUUGUACUUUAGUAGGUCUGUUUAUUAUUGGCAUUCAGUGGGUAGCAGGGAAAAUGUGAUUGCUCUUGGAACGAAAUUAGUAUUCUUCUUUACAAUGAAUUUAUUAAAGAUCUCACUCCUUCUUCUGUGUGCCGGUAAUGUACUUUUAAGUCCAAGCAAAUCAUCGAAACCAUGGCAAUACAACACUAGGAAGAUGAACUCAUUACCAGAUGAGACACAACACUGUUUCUGCUACCCUGAAGGUGAUCUCCCAGUCGUACACAAGCUACUGGACUCCGACAACAAUGGCCUAGAACGUUUGGUCAUCUAUCUCUACAAAUCUGUCAACUCCAACGAAAUCAAAAUGUACACUCCAAGUGUGGAAAAACAGAUCCUUAUACCCGACAUACCUUACGAUUCCAAUGAUGGACUUGUUACACUAACCAAUGAAAACAUUAAUAUGUUGUUUUACAACAAUCCCUACAAAAUAAUUGUCUACAAUGAUCGCUUAGAAACUCUAAAUCCGACUAUAGUAAGCUCCUUACCUAUUGGACUGCACCAAGGAGAGAUAGAAGACAUAUUGCCUGGAGCUAAUGAUGGCACAAGCCCAAAUGACCAAGAUAGCAAUGAAUACGAUUAUAAUGCUUACGGCAAACCUCAAUAUAAUGGCUAUGAUGAUUCUGAUCAGCAACAACCAGGAGUCCCGCCUGUACCCUUAGACUUUGAUCCAAACAAUUUUCCUGGAAACGAUUUAGGCCCAGAUCAAAACUGGGUCGACCCAAAUACAAACCUGGACGGUUUGGAGCCAGAUCAAAACUGGGUCGGUCCAAAUACAAAUCUGGACGGUUUGGAGCCAGAUCAAAACUGGGUCGGUCCAAAUACAAAUCUGGACGGAUUGGAGCCAGAUCAAAACUGGGUUGUACCAAAUACCAAUGUAGAGGGUUUGGGACCGGAUCAAAACUGGGUUGUCCCAAAUACCGAUGCGGAAGGUUUGGGACCGGAUCAAAACUGGGUUGUCCCAAAUACAAAUGUGGAUGGUUUGGGACCAAAUCAAAACUGGGUUAUCCCAAAUAUAAAUGUGGAGGGUUUAGAAGAAAUUUCAGCCGUUUUGAAUUCAAAAGACUUACAAGAUCCAGAAUCACAAGCUUUCCCGCUAACACCCAAUGAUAAACUACAUUCGCAAUUGGUGUAUUCCUUCCCAAACCUGGGAGAUCUUGAAACAUCUCAGGUGGAAAACUUCGACGUAUGGUUCAAGCAACAAUUGAAGAGAUUCCAACAUCCACAUUUUCCUGGUGAUCUAAAAACUAUAGACAGUAAUCUACUCAAAAUAUUGGUAAUCAAGAUCUUCUCUGAAAAUAAAAUAUUUGUCAGUACCAGUGGUGUGAUAACAGGACCAAACGGAGAAAUAAUCGACACAGCUAAUUUAGAACUCCGUCCACUGUUGUUAGGAGAAAAGAUCAAUCUUCAAAUCUUCAAUAACAGUCAGAAAAAAAUUAGCCUUCUGAAACGUCUGCCAUUUUUAGAAGGUAUACUAGUCACAUUAGUGUCGCCUCCACAAAUAUUAGGCAUAAUACCACUUGGUAAGAUUUAUUUGACCAAAAGUUCCAUUUACAUGGACCAGAUACUAGGCCAAUUAAGUGCCGUCAACAGUUCAAAGGUUUACACCAGCAAAUAUACUGAUGCAACCGUUUAUGUAAAUCCAUCACAAUCAACUCUUAAUCAUAUUCUUUCUGAACCAGGAAAAGUAAAAGUAGAAUCGCUUUCUUCCAUCUCAAGCGAAGGUAACACAGGCAAUUGGGAAACAGACCUCCAGGCUCAAGCUGUUCCCCUUUCAGACAAAGAAACGCAACUGCCAAGCGCUGGCUUAUAUCGAAAAAAUGGGCAGUAUUACUCCGCUCCAAAUGUACCAUACCCUAACUGGCAUCCCUUGGUUGAAAUCCAACCUUUAGGUCAAAGAAGGAAGUUAAAUGUAAAGAUUGAGCAUCUCGUUGAGCCCCCACCAAUCAAAACAAGGAAGAAAAUAAACCACGACCCUAGUCCACAGAAAGAUGCGAAAACAAACGUCACAACGACAACUACACCUGAACCAUCUGUGAAUGUGAAUUCCACAGAACCUGCCAGAAGAUUCUCUGGACCCCUUCUUAAGGGAAUGUUGAAGACAUUGAUGUUGCUUCUAAAUGAUUCGCCAAGUAGAAGGAACUAUGAAUCGAACCAAAAUACUACGCAGAAUUUUGAUAUCAUCAGCGAUUCUGAGCUGACCAAGUAUGAUGAAGAUGGUCCAGAUUUUAGAAUCAUUGGUGGCAGUGCUGCUACCGGCAGUGGAACUCCUGUCAGUAGUAAGGGCAGGAGUGGUUCUGAUGAAGAAUAUGCAUCAUAAAACUUAAUGCACAAAGCGUAAAAUAUAUUUAUUAUUCAUGUUUGUUUAGUAGUUAAGUUAUUUUUAAGUGAAUCCUAAAAGAUAAAUGAAACGGCUCGUUAAUGGAAUUUUGAUUAUAAAUUAGUUAUUAAAUAUUUGGGUUUGGGUGGCAUCAUUA